AUCAACCGUCUGCGUUUAUCGACUAUCAUGUAUGCUGUGGCAAAUGUGAUCCAUUGACUUCAAAUACAAAAAUUAUCGUGAUUUUUACGUAAACGUUACAUCAAUAAUUAUGAUGGAUGUGCAGAAGCAGUAUAAAGUGACGCCUAGGAGCGGUGAAGAUAAAAAUCAAACGCCACCGACUUUGCUUUCAAGUUUAAGGAGCGUUUUAUUUGUAAUUGGAACCGUAGUAAUCGGAUUUGCUGCAUUCUGCAAUUCGCUAACAUGGCAUUUACAAAGAUUUUGGGGAGCCUCAGGUGAUUUUUGGCAAGCACAAUGGGAUAAAAUCUUAGAUAAAUUAGGAGAUGAUCCCGGCACGCUUUGGGUUUAUGGCUCGAUAGGACUGACAUUUUUCGUGUACUGGUUCUUUGGCGGGAUUUAUAUGAUUCUAGAUAUAACUAAUCGGCCAGCAGUUUUACGAAGAUACAAAAUACAACCGGGUACGAACGAACCGGUCGACACGAGAGAAUUGUUCAAAGUAAUCGCUCAAGUACUAUUCAAUCAAACUAUUGUUGGACUUCCUCUAGCGUACAUUAGUUAUCACCUUAUGGAAUGGCGCGGUUAUCCCCCUGUACGCGAAUUGCCGACCUUCCACUGGGUACUUGUUGAAAUUGCUUUUCACAUAUUGUGUGAGGAAAUUGGAUUUUAUUACUCGCACAGAUUUCUGCAUAGCCGCUAUCUAUAUAAAUAUAUACAUAAACAACACCAUGAAUGGACAGCUCCCAUAGCUAUAACAUCGCUAUAUUGUCAUCCUUUAGAACACAUUGGUUCCAAUUUAUUACCACCGUUUUUGGGAGUAUAUAUCAUAGGUUCUCAUGUGGCUACUGCUUGGCUUUGGUUUUCGCUUGCUAUUCUUUCUACAUUAAAUGCGCAUUCUGGUUACCAUCUACCGUUUUUUCCAUCUCCAGAAGCUCACGAUUUUCAUCAUUUAAAGUUUAAUCAAUGUUUUGGAGUUUUGGGAGUAUUAGACCGAAUUCAUGGAACAGACACACAUUUUCGAAAUUCCAGAGCUUACCAACGUCAUGUAAUGAUGCUUAGCUUUACUCCUCCAAGAGAAGCUUUUCCAGAUGAAGUAAAAUAUAAAUCUAAAUAAAGAAAGUUUUAUUGAAUAUCGUGAUAAAAAAGUUAAAUAAGAAAGUUCAGUAUAAUAAUAUGUUCAAUAUGAAAUAUACUAUAAGAUACUUUUGCACUUG